GUCAAACUUUACUAGUGUCAACUCAACUAAUCUGAUUAUGCCCAUAAUCCCAUAUGUCAUUAUUGAUAAAUUCGAUUUACUGUUUCGGGCCGACAUAAAUUCAUACUCGGUGUACCUGCAAGAAAUCGUCUGAAAUAUUUGGCAUGGAGAAAACCACUGCUGAUGUCACGAACUGGACGGAGGCAGUAGAGGACCUCGUCAACGGUGGCGAACUCGAGAAGGCGGUUAAUCUUCUAGAAACCAUAGUCUCGAAGCUGGAAGUUGAUUCAAAACCAAACGAAUUAUCGGCUGCACUUCUGGAUUUGACGAAGCUCUAUGCGUCUCAAGGCCUCUCUCUGAAGGCUGACGAGGCUCGCGCUCGCGCACUCAUCCUCAAACAACACUCCAUUUUGAUUACUCAAGGAAAGAGCUGCAUUUUCAGGGAUGUAGGCAAUGCAAAUACGUGUUAUAGAGGCAAAGCAAUUUCUGAAGAAACUAAUUAUGAGGCUUCUUCCAACUUGCAUGGUGAUGGCUCACAGAAUGGUGGUUCUUCAGAUGAUGAUUGGGAAGCUUUAGUUGACCGUGAUCCGAAUGAAUUGCUUUCACCAUCAAGCUUGCCAGAGGUAUCUAAUCUUUCUUUGCAUGAUACAAAAGGUCAAGCACCCAAAAGACGUGGCAGAGGCACUUUCUUGUACAAAAAACAUGCAUUGUACAGCGAUCAGCCAUCUGGAGGGCCUAUUGUGGAUGAUGAUGUGGUUUCUGAUAGCGGUGAAGAGGGUACAGAUACAAUGAUUAAUUUAAAGUAUGGUUCACACCAUGUGCUUGUUCUAGCUGACUUCCCUCCAAGCACUAGGAUAACUGACUUGGAAAAGCUACUUCAGAAGCAUAAAGAUCAGGUUGUGAUCCGUUGGGUCCAUGAUACAGUUGCCCUUGCAGUAUUUAGAACACCAUCAUUAGCUCAAGAAGCAAGUAGAUCUAUUGAUUGGCCAUAUUCAAUGCGUAUUCUUAAAGAGGAUGAUGAAAUUUUGAACAAAAUUUCACCUAGAGAUCUAGAGCCUCCUCGUCAAAGGCCGCAGACCUCAGCUCGAACUGCUCAGAGAUUGAUUGCUCAAAGUAUGGGUAUAAGAGUACCCUCAGGCUUUGGGGCCAGAGAGUUGAGGAAGCAAGAAGAAGAGAGGAAGAGCCGAAUAAUUUCUAGACAUAGUAUGAAGGAAGAUGCUUGGGGUGAUGAUAUCAACUAAGGAUGCAAUGAGUAGUCGUUUAAUUGUGUUACAUACCAUUCAAGAGCACAAGUGAGAGUAAGACUUAAAUUCAUGUGUUUUAUCAAGAUCUGCUAAGUUCAGCUUGUUUGUAGCCAUCUUUUUUCUUUUACUCGGCUUGUGUAUAUUGCCAGAGUUUAGUAGGAGAAAACUCUUUGGCAUGAAUGAAUUGAUGAGCGGUUUCAUUUUGUAAUACUCACCGAAAAUGAUAUGUUAGAUUGUUAGAAUGAAUCGAAAGCUACUUUUGUGAGCUUUUUAAUAAGGUUAGCUUUUAGUGAUCGAAAAAAUCUUAAAGAGAGAAGGUAGUAG